AUGGAGAUCCAACUACCUUAUUCAACCUUACCUACACAUGUUGUUAUGACCUCUGAUCAACGAUCUCAGUCUGAUAUCACUUGGUAUGGCUCCGUUCCUGCUGAGUUAACGAAGCCUACAGAUCCUCGACAGUCUUGGCCGAGUCAAAAUCCUCAUUAUAAUAUACGAUACGAUUGGCCACAGCAUUCGAUGCAUCCGCAAUCUACAUGGCUUCCUCGUCCUUCUCGAUAUUUAAACGUUCAAAAUAACGAUUGGCGUCCACGUUCGCAAAAUGAUGAUAAAGCUUCUCCGUGGCCUGUUGAUAAUUGGGAAUUACGUCCAUCUAAUGUCUCUACUACUAAUCAAUCAAAUAAGUCUGAUCUUGUUCCUUCAUCUAAGAGUAACGAUUGGCAAAGUGAAGAUAGGUCUUCUCCUUGGGGACAGGCCGAAAAUUGGGAAUUGCGAUCAUCUAAUGUCUCUAAUUCUGUUCAAUCUGAUUUGUCUUCUCCUCAAAAUAACAAUUGGCGAUCGCAUUCACCAAAUAUUAAUGGGUCUUCUCAUUGGCAACCUGUAAAAAAUUGGGAAUUACAAUCAUCACCUAAUAUCUCCAAUCCUCAAUUAUCUGAUAUGAUUGUACCAUUUCAAAAUAAAGAUUGGCAACUACAUUCUCAAAAUUUUAAUGGUUCUUCUUCGUGGCAACAAGUUAAAACCUUACAAUUUCAACCACCAAAACUAAAUUUGAUUCAAAAUGAUGAAUGGCAUUCAUAUUCUCCAAAUGAUGAUAUGUCCUCUCCUUGGAAACUACCUGAAGGCCUGGAAGUAAGAUCGUUAAACGUUACUAGUUCUAUGCAAUCCGAUAUUGUUACACCUUCGAAAAGAAAGUCUGUUCAAAAAGGUGUUUCAAUGAUAGUAAAAAAGCCUAAUAUAAAAGUAAAAUCUAGCGUUAAACAUGCUUUUAAAGACUUGAACUCUUUAAAAAUUCCUUUAAAGGAAGCAGUCGAAGAUAACGCUCCACAUAACGCUCCACUCUUUAUCUUUACGGAAGAACAAGCUACUACAUCUAAAAGUGAGACUUUUGUAAAAACGAACGAUUUGUUAAAUAAUGCUAGUUCUUCAAUGGUUCUAACUCCCCCCGCACAACAAACGGACGCAUCACAAUCUUUACAUGCUGAUUUUGUUACCACAGCGAAAAGAAAACGUAGUCAAAAUAAAGACCUAAAAUCAGGAGAAAAUUUUAAUGUAAAAUCUAACUGGAAAGACGUAAAUAAUUUGAAACCCUCUCCUAGUAUCCUAGUUCUGAAAAAACCUGAUGUGAACAAGGAAACUUCACAUAAAGUUGAAGAAAAAUUUGUUAAUAAUAAUGACUCAGCUUUUAUGAUUCGCGAAGAACAGACUAUACAAGCUUGUUCGGACUCGCAACAAAUCGAGGAAGAAUCGCGACCAGCACAAGCCGAUUUGGAUUUAAGAAAAGUUGAAGAAGAAUUAAAACUCGUGCAAUUCGAUUUGGACUUAAAAGUUGAAGAAUUAAAACCCGUACAAAUCGAUUUGAACUCAAAAAAAGUUGAAGAAGAAUCAAAACCCGUACAAGUCGAUUUGGCUUCACCAACGAAAAGAAGUUUGAGCCCAAAAAACAGCUCGAAACCGGGACGUAAGCCAGGUGCAAAACAUAAUCGAAAAGAUCAAAAAUCUCUGAUAACUGCUCAAAUUAAAAAUAGUGUAAGAGUAACGUCACGUAAAGGCAAAGAAAAGGUGGUUGAUAAUGCACCGGUAGUUAGGUCAACUGAAGAACAAGCAUCUACUUCUAAUGGGUUCGAGUCAACGUCAACAAAUAUUUCAUUAAAUGGUAGAGCUGGAUCUUCUACUGAUGCGUCUAGAAUACAAUCAAUGCCCAUGACAAAGGCGGCAGAAUCCUUAUUCAAUUUUUAUCAAUCUCUAAAACCACCAUCGCCAGAACUAACAAGAGAACAAAUGUUGCGACUUGGAACAUACAUUUUUGAUGAACUUUUGUCGACAUCAUACGCUCGCCCGUUUGUAAAUCCCGAAGCAGAAGAUGCAUAUUAUUAUAGGUCAAUAAUUAAAGAUUUGAUGGACUUAAACACAGCAGAACGUAAACUUUGGGCUAGAUGUUAUUCUUCUCCAUUAGACUUAUAUAAAGACAUUU